AUGCCAUACAUAGACGACGCCGGGUCGCCCAUAGUAGAUCCAGCUCUCAUAGAAGUUGUAGCAGUUCUCGAAAACGUUUCCGUAGUAAUACUAGAAGUCGUAGGUCCAACUCUAAUCGUGAUCGAAGUCUUAGAGGCUCGACACAUGAUCGAAGUCCGAGAGACUCGACACAUGAUCGAAGUCCGAGUGGCUCCACGGGUGAACGAAGUCAGAGUGGCUCCACGCGUGAACGAAGUCCGAGAGGCUCGACACGUAUUCGAAGCUCCAGAGACUCGAUACGUAUUCGAAGCCUCAGAGGCUCGACACGAAAAUGGUUAUUUGGAAAAUGGGAUUGAAGCUAACAAUAUGAAUAUUGAAGACCAAAAUACAAAUAUGGAUAUCCAAGAUAACAAUGAAAUUGUGGUUUUUGAUCAAAAUUCGAGCAUGGAUAUCGAAGAUAACAAUGAAAUUUCGGAUGUUGCAGAUCAAAAUAAAAAUGAGGAUAUUUCAAACGUAGUAAUUGAAGAAGUAUCUUUCGUUGGUCAUGACGAAGCUUAUAAUCAAAUACAAAUCAAUCCAAUACAAAUCUCAGACUCACCCUUUAUGUAA